UUGACUCCCACUUAAUUAAUUAAAUCACUUUAAUUAAUUUAUCAUCAUCAUCUGAUUAAUUAUGGACUGCGUUAGUGUCUCACAAGAUGUACCAACAACCGUGGUUGGGGCAGGGUCACCUUUGGCUUGUAGAUGGAACCCAACCAAAGAACAAAUAGACAUGUUAGAGAAUUAUUAUGCACAAGGGCUAAGAACCCCGACCGCGGCCCAGAUUCAAGAGAUAACCACUAGGUUGCAAACUUAUGGUCACAUUGAAGGCAAAAAUGUGUUUUAUUGGUUUCAAAAUCAUAAGGCUAGGCUAAGACAGAAAGAAAAACAAGAUCAUUUGUCAUUGUUUCGGCAAUACAACCACCACCAUCAUCACCUCCUUCACCGCCCUCAACCCGCCUUCAUGCAUUUGCCUCCACGUCAAAACGUAAUGUAUGAGCCAUGUUACAUGCCACAAAACAAUUUAGGGUUUUGUGCUCAAUACCCACAAGUUGUAUCACCGACCACCAGCAGCACCAGCAAUGGCAUCAAGAGACGAUCACCACGAACACCGAAGCCACCACGACCGAUGAAUAAUAAUGUUUCUGGCUUGAUUAUCAUGUCAACAAACCAACCAAAAACUACUGCUAAUUAUGCCAAUACUAGAAAUAGCAUAAAUACUAAUUACAUAGAUCAAGGUGACAAUAUUAAUAAUAAUAUUGUUGGAAGCAAAAACUACAUAAUUAAUCAUCAUCAAGAAACGUUGGAUCUUUUCCCGGUCCACCCAACCGGGAUCCUGCAAGAACGAGCGGAGACUACUACGGGCAAUGCUAGUUGUCUUGCCACCAAUGCUCUUACACCAUGCUCAUCAGGAACUUCGGUUGACCGGAUGUAUUUUGAUUUUUUCUGUUGAUGAUUCAAAAAUAUAUACACAUAUUAAUAUGGGCAUGAUGUUAGAGGGGUCAAAAUUUAUCUAACAUGCAUGCAAUUUUGGAUAGGUGGCUCGGAAACUAUUGUUAGUUUUUGGUCUUAUUAGUUUAAAUUGUAAUAACAUUAUUAUAUUA